AUGGUGGUGCAGAAAAAGGUGAAGAUGGGGAACAAGAAAGGAAAUAACACCCCAAAGAGCAAAAAAGGUCCUUUGUUUGCUUGGCCAUGGGAGAAUUUAAAUAAUUUCAAGUAUUUGUUGUAUGGGCCAUUAGUAGGGAAAGUGGCAUAUGCAAUCUACAAGAAAGAAAUCAGCAAGAAUGAAGAAAGUUGGAGCUUGCACAUUCUCUUGCUGUUUGGGGUUAGAGCCCUUGUGCACCAGCUGUGGAGUACUUACAGUAAUAUGUUUUUCCUUAACCGUGCUCGCCGGAUUAACGAAGAUGGAGUCGAGUUUGAUCAAAUUGAUGCUGAAUGGCAUUGGGACAAUUUCUUGAUACUUGAAUCUAUUGUGGCAUCAUUGUCAUAUUUGAGUUUGCCUAAUUUGUUGGCUAAUCUUCCUAUGUGGGACACAAAGGGUGUUCUUUGUUGCCUCUUGCUUCAUGUCGGGAUUUCCGAGCCAUUAUAUUACUGGAUGCACAAAUUAUUGCAUUCGUCGGCUUUGUUCAGCCGUUACCAUUGGCUUCACCACAGCUCCAAAGUUUUAAAUCCAUUCACAGCUGGGCAUGCAACAUUCUUCGAGCAUCUGUUACUUUGUGUAGUAAUUGGAAUCCCGACAUUGGGAACUUCCUUAAUCGGUUAUGGAUCCAUAAGUCAGAUGUACGGUUAUAUUCUGGCGUUCGAUUUUCUUAGGUGUUUGGGUCACAGCAAUGUUGAAGUCAUUCCCUGCCAACUAUUUCAGACCAUUCCUUUCCUCAGAUACCUUAUAUAUACGCCAACAUACCACAGCCUUCACCACAUGGAUAUGAAGACUAAUUUUUGCCUCUUCAUGCCUCUAUAUGAUAAAUUAUGGAAUACACUGAACUCUGCUUCGUGGACCCUUCACAAAGAAAUUAGUUUGAGGACGAGUGACAGAGGACCUGAUUUCGUGUUUCUUGUGCAUAUGGUGGAUAUUAUGUCGGCAAAUCAUGCUCCCUUUGUUUUUCGAUCCUUCAACUCCAUGCCUUACAGUUCAAAGCUCUUUUUGCUUCCGAUGUGGCCUUUUACGUUUAUCAUCAUGCUCAUUAUGUGGGCAAAAUCAAAGACAUUCUUGACCAGCUUUUACAAUCUCAGAGGAAAAUUGCACCAGACGUGGGUAGUACCAAGAUAUGGCUUUCAGUAUUUCUUACCUUUUGCUGCAGAAGGAAUAAAUAAACACAUUGAAGAUGCAAUCCUUACGGCCGACAAAAUCGGCGUUAAGGUCCUUAGCCUUGCUGCAUUAAAUAAGAACGAAGGCCUGAAUGGAGGUGGAAUCCUUUUCACAGAAAAGCACCCGAAUCUCAGAGUCCGAGUUGUUCAUGGCAACACAUUGACAGCUGCUGUGAUUCUAAACGAGAUUCCUCGUGAUGUUGAUGAGGUUUUCUUGACAGGAGCCACUUCUAAGCUUGGUAGGGCCAUAGCACUCUAUCUUGCUCAGAGGAAAGUCAAAGUGCUCAUGCUAACGCUAUCGAACGAAAGAUUCGUCAAGAUUCAGAAAGAAGCACCAGUGGAUUGCCAAAAGUAUUUGGUUCAAGUUACUAAAUAUGAAGCGGCUAAGCACUGUAAAACAUGGAUUAUCGGCAAGUGGGCUACACCACGCGAACAGUACUACGCACCACCGGGUACGCAUUUUCACCAAUUUGUGGUUCCACCAGUUAUUCCAUUUAGAAGGGACUGCACUUAUGGAAAUCUAGCAGCAAUGAAGCUUCCGGAAGGUGUCCAGGGACUCGGAAUAUGUGAGUACACAAUGGGACGAGGGGCGGUGCACGCUUGCCAUGCUGGAGGUGCUGUUCAUUUUCUUGAAGGCUGGAAGCACCAUGAAGUUGGGGCCAUUAAUGUCGAUCAGAUUGAUGUUGUCUGGAAGGCUGCCCUCAGACAUGGUUUUAAGCCUUUGUAG